UGUUGAAUAAUUCAUUAACUCACGUCUCCACACAAACAGCGCCGCUUAGCUUCCCUGCCGUUCCGCGGCGGCAUGCAGAGCAGCUGCCGCCUCUCGUCAGACGGCAGCCGCUGCCGCCGAUGAGGAGCUCUGCAAGCCUUGCGGUCAAUAACAGAUUGACUGGAGGUGGGAAAGGGAUGAGUUGGUUUUAUGAACUGGAACAAGAAGUUCGAGAAUAUGAAUUGGAUCAGCUUGGACUUGUGAAUCAUGCUACAUAUUCCAAUCUUUGUGAAUAUGGUACAUACAAACUCCUCGAUAAGAUCGGUUUUGAUGCACAUAUAAAGUUAGCAGUGUCUGAAGUGACAAUCAAAUACCUCUCACCUUUGAAGAGGAAAGACAAAUAUGUGCUAAAAUUGAGGUUAUAUGACUAUUCUACUACUCGAUUCUUUUUUGAGGACCAAAUCCUCAGGCUACCAGAUUAUAAGCCUGUUGUAUGGGGUACUGCCACUUUGGUCCUACUAGAUGAGAAGCUACGCCCUACCCGUAUCACACCUUUCAUGAUUUCCCAAUUCAAUAAAUUUCUCCAAACACACACCAACAAUUGAUGCAUGGUUGCAUUUUGUUUUAAUAAACUUGGAUUUUGUGUUUUUAUUGUUAUUUGCUAUACGAGUAUUGUUUUUUUUUGUGUUGUUGUUUUUAUAAAGAAGAUUAAUAAUGGUUUCUCCUUAA